UUUCAAAACAAACAAUUCAACAAGAUCAGCUUAAAACAAGAAGAACAUGGGAAUUGUGGAGUGUUGAAGAUAAAAAUGCAUUUUUUGAAGCUCUCUGUGAAUAUGGGAAAGAUUUUGAAAGUAUUCAGUCAUAUAUUGCACAGAGAAGUAGGAAAAAAGGAGUUUCACCCAAUAUGAUUAAGAAUAAAGAUCAAGUGCGCCAUUUUUAUUACAGAACAUGGCAUAAAAUAUCUAAAUAUUUGGAUAUAGGCGAUGGUAAAUAUUAA